GAAAAGAGUUUAUAAAAAAAUAAAUAUUUUUCUUUUCUUCCUUUUCAUCCUUCUCUCAUUGGCACUUAUUCAACUCUGAAUAAAUAUUUUCAAAAAUAACUGUUUACACUUCAACAGUGAAUAUGAUUUUCAUCGAGUUCAUCAGUUAACAAACUUUCAAAUUGUUCAACAUUCAUUGUUCAAGUUUAACUUUGUGUGUGUUUUCAUCAGUUUCAUCAAGCUUCAUAUUCAUUACAAAUCUCGUGUCUUCAACACCAUCAAAUGUUCAACCAUUGCUCUGGGAAACUGAAAAAGUAUCUUAUUAUGAUCAUCAGCUGUACUUUUUUACUCCAAGAUGUUGAUUGCAGUAUAAAUGAAAGAAGAUUGUUGCAAGAUUUACUUAGAAAUUAUGAUCUUCUAGAGCGACCUGUUAACAAUGAGUCGGAUACUUUGCUGGUUACAUUGGGCAUAACAUAUCAACAGAUCAUUAAACUGAAUGAAAAGGAGCAAUUACUUGUGAGCAAUAUUUGGCUACAAAUGUCUUGGACUGAUGUCAAUUUAACCUGGAACUCAUCUGAUUACGGUGGACUCACAAGCCUUAGGAUACCUUCAAGUAGGAUAUGGAAGCCCGAUCUACUACUUUAUAACAGUGCCGAUCCACGAUUUGACAGCACCUAUCCAACCAAUUUAGUUGUCCAAUCCAAUGGAUCAAUCUUUUAUCUACCUCCAGGUGUAUUUACAUCAACCUGUAAAAUUGAUAUAACCUGGUUUCCCUUUGAUGAUCAACUUUGUAAACUUAAAUUUGGCUCCUGGUCACAUGACAUGUCACAAGUUGAUCUUGACGUUAUAUCAAAUCAAGGUGAUCUGUCAACCUACAUAGAAAACGGUGAAUGGAUUUUAUUAGGUAUCUUGGGUCGACGGAAUAAAGUGCUGUACCGUUGCUGUGCCGAUCCAUUUACCGAUGUAACUUAUACGAUUCACAUAAGAAGACGAACUCUUUAUUAUGGAAUCAACUUAAUCAUUCCCUGUUUAAUUAUAUCUUCAAUGACUCUUCUUGGAUUCACUUUGCCUCCCGAUUCAGGUGAAAAGUUGACUCUUGGUGUAACAAUAUUGCUAUCAAUGACAGUCUUCCUACUUCAAUUGACUGAAACUUUACCUGCAACAUCAGACACAGUUUCAGCCAUAGCAACUUAUUUUGCAAGCAUAAUGCUUAUGGUGGCCUUUUCAGUUGUAAUGACUGUAGUUGUGCUCAAUUUUCAUUACAAAUCAUCCGAAGUUCAUGAACUUAAUCCAUUGAUGAAAAAGGUGAUCCUUCAAUGGUUGGCAUUCAUUUUGAAUGUGAAACGACCUGGAGCUGUUAAACCACCAGACAGAUCGAAUCGAUUCACAUCCAAAGUGUACACAAUCAAUGGAGACGGGAUUCCAAUAGUAACUACCUCAUUAUCAUCACCACCUUCACCUAAUCAUAAUCAAUGUGCAUAUCAUCAGGUUAAUCAGCCAUUCAUUAAUUACCAAUCACAUCCCACUCACCAUCAUCACCACCAUCAUUCAGUUUCAAUUAAUCGUGAUGUCUACUUGAACCAGCCACUUUCACCACAGAAUCAAUGUCAAAACUGUUUCACCGUAAACAACAGUUCACUGCCCAACCUGGCUUACCCUAGGCACCCGCAUCAGGUUUGCUCUUGUUGCCGUAAAUCGUAUCCAGUCAAUGGUGACUGUUUGAAUGAAGAAGAAAGUUUAAUGAGAAAUUUUCAUGACAAGAUUGACUCAUUACCGGGACCAACUGUCUCUCAGUCCGUCUUGGCUCAACAUCAGGUAUCGCGACAGGCCAAACACUGUGCCUGUCAUGGUAAACAAUUGGAUGACAUUUUAAAUGAAAUACAAUACAUGACAAAUCGACUUCGUAAAGAGGAUCAAGUGAUUGAGAUUCUGGAUGAUUGGAAGUUUGCUGCCAUUGUUAUUGAUAGACUUUGUUUUGUCAUGUUUUCAACCUUUUCAAUAAUUUCAUCUUCUAUAUGCUUCAUGUCAGCUCCUCAUCUAAUUGUUUAAUAACCAUAAUCAUUACCAUCUUCACCCUAAUUGCAUAUUAAUAUUUGUACAUCAACCAAACUCUUUGAUCACUUUGAUCAGCCCCAUUCAAGAGCAAUAAUCGAGUGCAAAUUGUAUUCAAAUUUCUAAUUACUAUUAGAUUAACAUAUUAACAAGACCAACAAAAUGCCAUAAAUUUAGUUGUCACUUUGCAAUUUCAA